AUGGACCAACACAAAUCCGGCCACCAGGCCGUGAAGCCGCCUACCACGAUCUCCAGUAUGUUGAAUGAGCCCUCGGUUUACAGGGAACCAAGCAGCGGGGACAGCGCUUAUGCCUCACAAAACAAUUCGAAGCACUCGAGCCUAUCCAACACGCACAACGGUAUCAAUACGCAUCACAUGGGGUCAGACCAUAAUCAUGCGGAGAAAACACCUUCGCCAGUGUUCAAUGGCAUCUCCCCUCACCCCCUCAGUUCCCCGACAGGAGCCAUGAGCGUCGCAUCCAUCGUGUCGCCAACCAUACCCGAACGUCGAGAGCAGAUAGCACACAACAGAUUGAGCGACAAUAGACUGAGCGUUCAGACGAUAGACUCGGCGUUGCACAACGGGUCGAUCAAUGGGGACUCGCGACGUGAGUCCGUAGACAGCCGUUUGGGAGCCAACUUCGGAGACAUGCGUCUGUCUGGUGCCUCACCAUAUGCAUCCAACAAUCAAUCAACAACCUCAUUACAGAGUACGCUUGCACAGCAAAGAAAUCCUGGCGCUACCGAUAGACCCCACUUGGGACUUCGAUAUUCGGAUCAAUUCUCUCCACGGUCAUCACGAUUCUCGCAGGCCAGCGACCCUGUAUCGCCUUCACGAGGAAUAUUGACAUCAAAAACGGCGCCUCCGAUUCAUGGUCCUCCUUCACGAGAGAUUGCCGAGGCCCCUCAUGCGAUUCCCGGUCAAGCCUGGGCGUUGGAUUUCCAUGCUGAUCCCUCAGAGGCGGAUGCCCAUGUUAACCGAAAUGGAACGUCUUUCUUUGAUAAUGACUCUCGAAGGAACUCAUUCACCGACUCGAUCGCAAGCAGUGCGUAUACAACAGAAUCACGUCUUCCGCAGGGGCAACGAAGACUCGAUGACCAGUCAGACCUGAACCACCGCCUGUCGAGGGCUUCGUCAGAGCUCCAGGUCUCCACCCACCAUCAUUCACUUCAACAUCGACAAGUAGCCGAGCUGCAGGGUGAAGGCACAUCCCCUGGUGGGAGUCAGCCAUACUCUCGCACUCCAGAGUUGAGAGUGUCACACAAACUGGCGGAGCGUAAACGACGUACUGAGAUGAAAGACCUGUUCGACCAACUGCGUGAUCUUAUGCCUCAAGAACGUGGAUCUAAAGCAUCGAAAUGGGAAAUUCUAACAAAAGCCAUCUCUGAAUAUGGAAGAGCGAUGACUGAUAUCAGCAGGCUGACCGUUAAGAUUCGCUCAGUGGAACAAGAACUCGAGACUUCUCGACGCGAAGCAGCUGCAUUGAGGCUGGAAAACAGUCAACUGCGUGGAGAGCUGGCUUCUUUUGCUAAUUCCCAUCGACCUGCUCCUCAACCACAAAUGAACAAUGACUAUCCACCACAAAACAACAACAUGUACGGUGGAAGCCAAGCAGAUCGGAACCCACGUCACGGACACGAUCCAUAUGUUGUCAGAUCAGCGGAACAACUACCACCAAUCCGAAACGCCAUCAGCGGCCAUCCUCAAGCACCAGAAGCAAUGAGUGGAAUCCAAUAUCAAAACUCGUAUCGUCCUGGAGUCGACCACUUCUGA